GUACUGUGAGGAAUUGUCCCAGCAGCACCUCUUCGCCUGCCUCCGCCCCACCAGUCAUGCUACGGACAGGACCGCAACAUUUUCAGCCAAACUACAAGGAAACAUAAACACAAAGUCUCCAAUUUCACUGAACAUACCAAGUGGAACGAUUCUUCUUCUAGACACAUCUGGUGCUGCGACAUUUCAUUUGGUUAGCGGGUGUACGCAUGGGAGUGAUCCGGCAAAAGAAAAGGCAGAAGGUUGUAUCCUAUUCAUUAGUGGCAGCACAGGGGGAGGAGCCAUGAGUGAAGGGGAGGGGCUCUUCCACAGCGUGCAGGUGGGUGACUCCACCUUCACUGUGCUGACCCGCUAUCAGCAGCUCCGCGCUAUCGGGUCUGGUGCCCAGGGCAUUGUCUGCUCGGCCCUGGACAGUGUCCUUGGGGUCCCUGUGGCGGUGAAGAAACUGAGCCGGCCCUUCCAGAACCAGACCCACGCCAAGCGGGCCUAUAGGGAGCUGGUGCUGCUCAAGUGCGUCAAUCACAAAAAUAUUAUUAGGCUCCUGAAUGUCUUCACACCACAGAAUUCACUGGAGGAGUUCCAGGAUCUCUACCUGGUGAUGGAGCUGAUGGAUGCCAGUCUGUGCCAGGUCAUCCACAUGGAUCUGGACCAUGAGAGGAUGUCCUACCUGCUCUACCAGAUCCUCUGUGGCAUCAGACACCUGCACUCCGCUGGCAUCAUCCACAGGGACCUGAAGCCCAGUAACAUAGUGGUGAAGUCUGACUGUACUCUGAAGAUCCUGGACUUUGGGCUGGCCAGAACAGCCUGUACUAACUUCAUGAUGACCCCUUACGUUGUUACCCGAUACUACAGAGCACCAGAGGUCAUCCUGGGCAUGAAGUAUAAAGAGAAUGUGGACAUCUGGUCAGUGGGAUGCAUCAUGGGAGAGAUGGUGAAGGGCAGCGUUAUAUUCCAGGGAACGGAUCACAUUGACCAGUGGAACAAGGUGAUUGAGGUUCUGGGCACGCCCCCCAUGGAGUUUAUGAACCGUUUGAUGGAGACUGUGAGGAACUAUGUGAUGAACAAGCCCCAGUACCCCGGGGUCAGCUUCUCUCAACUCUUCCCUGACUGGGCCUUCCCGGCAGAGACAGAGCAGGAUCAACUCAAGACCAGUCAAGCACGGGACCUGCUUUCCAAGAUGCUGGUGAUUGACCCAGAGAGCCGUAUUUCAGUGGAAGAUGCCCUGGAUCACCCCUACAUCCACAUGUGGUACGACCCAGGAGAGGCUGAUGCACCACCACCACAGAUAUCUGAUAAACAGCUGGAGGAGCGAGAACACAGCAUUGAACAGUGGAAAGAGCUGAUCUAUGACGAGUUAAUGGACUGGGAGGAGAGGAACCAGAAUGGAGUAAUGAAGGAGGACUGUGCAGAUGAAGUGGUGAACCACAGUGCUACAGCUUCCCAGUCGUCCUCUACGAGUGACUUCUCCUCAAUGUCCACUGAGCAGACCUUGGCCUCUGACACCGACAGCAGCUGUGUUGACACCCUCACGGGGGCGCUAGAGGAGUGACAGUGAGCCUCUUUCCACCCCGGCAUCUCUGUUUUUUUUUUUUCAAUCAUCACUAACUAUCCAUCUUCUUAGGUAGCACUUUUCACAUUACUUUAUACUGUCUAUUUUCACUUUGGGUCCCGCUGGAUGGUAAAUCAUUCAACCGCUUUUCUUUUUUAAACUGAAAAUGAUUCCGUUUUAAAUUGAACUCUCUCUGUCACUCUUUCCCUAUCUCUGUUGUAAAUAGUCCAUUCAUACUGUACUAUGGUUCAAAUAAGUCAUGCACCUCUAGACUUGUUGUCCAAGCCAAGAGCACACACUGUUCAAUGUGUAGUUUGACCACCUACAGUUUCAGUAUAAAGUACUGUAUAUGCAUUAAACUAGGGCUAGGCUAUAAUGUCUUAUGACUGUUUUGUCAUCGGAAAUAUCUACUAAUGAACAAAAGACAUUGCUGCAUGUUACUACAAAUGAAUACUUGACUACACAUAGAAACAGCUGUGAUACAAGAUCUUCAUGUAUUUCCAUCCAGAGGACAUUAGCCUCCUCUGUGUGAAGAAACGGUACUUGGCUCUGGUCUGGGUCUUUCCUAAUGAGGGUAAAGAGUGCUACAUUUUAUGCAUGUUAUGUGUGUUUAUGUACAUAAGUAUCUAUCUAUACUGUAUACUGUGUGUUUAAAUGUAUUGAUUGUUGUGAUGCUGAGACUGGGUUUUACAGCUGAUCCAAAUAUGCUGAGGCAUACAAACUGUACAAAAUACAUCCAUUUAUUUUGGAACAAACUAUUGUUAAAAUGCAAUGGGAAACAUGUCAGAAAUUUGUUGAUGUUGGAAAGAUGUAUUAUAAUGAUACUGAAGGGGGAAAAAGGUGAACGGUGGAUACAUUGCACUUUCUAGACAAUUUCAGCUUAAAGUCAUUCCAAGAAAAAUAUUGAUUAAAAGAGGGAUACAAUCAUGCAUUCAGUUCUUGUUCAGAUUUCUUUCUAAAAAUUGUAUAACUAUCCAAACUCCCUUUAAACACAAGCGACACGCAAGUGUGUCAUCUUCCCAUCAGUCUUGAGUCUGCAUUUUCUUUCCUUUUCUGUGCAAUCUCUUUCCUCCAGAUACCCUCUCAUUCUCAAUCCUUCAAUGGGCAAUGUUGAAUCUAGCCUCUAAUGCUUUACUGUGUGUUGAUUGACUUCAUGGUGAUACGUCUGUUUGUGGAACCUCUAGAACCUCAUUGUGGUGACAGGAGAAAUGUUCCAGGCUUAAUCAAAGACAGGUGUCAUCACUGAUAGGUAGCUUUCUUUCAUUGUGUUAUUUUCCACCCCAUUACUGGUGUCCAGAGCAGUCUCAAUGCUGGACCAUUAACUGACAGGUUGUUUGAUACGGUGCGUCAUGUAAGUUUGAGAGUACAGUGGACAAUCUCCUUGGGACAUGAAAAUCAACACUGGCGAGACCCACAUUGACUUAGGAAUCGUGAUAAUUCUGGACCUUGAUGUCCUGAGAAAGAGCCUUGUGAUACCUGACCGACAGAUCCAUGCUAAUGUCUUUGCCUCAGUCCUGCUGGGGACAAACUGGACUGGAGCUGUGUUCAUGGUGGCAGUCUGCUGGGAACAAACUGGACUGGAGCUGUGUUCAUGGUGGCAGUCUGCCGGGGACAGACUGGACUGGCGCUGUGUUCAUGGUGGCAGUCUGCUGGGGACAAACUGGACUGGAGCUGUGUUCAUCGUGGCAGUCUGCCAGGGACAGACUGGACUGGAGCUGUGUUCAUCGUGGCAGUCUGCUGGGGACAGACUGGACUGGAGCUGUGUUCAUGGUGGCAGUCUGCCAGGGACAGACUGGACUGGAGCUGUGUUCAUGGUGGCAGUCUGCCGGGGACAGACUGGACUGGAGCUGUGUUCAUGGUGGCAGUCUGCCGGGGACAGACUGGACUGGAGCUGUGUUCAUGGUGGCAGUCUGCCGGGGACAGACUGGACUGGAGCUGUGUUCAUGGUGGCAGUCUGCCGGGGACAGACUGGACUGGAGCUGUGUUCAUGGUGGCAGUCUGCCGGGGACAGACUGGACUGGAGCUGUGUUCAUGGUGGCAGUCUGCCGGGGACAGACUGGACUGGAGCUGUGUUCAUGGGGGCAGUCUGCCGGGGACAGACUGGACUGGAGCUGUGUUCAUGGUGGCAGUCUGCCGGGGACAGACUGGACUGGAGCUGUGUUCAUGGUGGCAGUCUGCUGGGAACAAACUGGACUGGCGCUGUGUUCAUGGGGGCAGUCUGCCGGGGACAGACUGGACUGGAGCUGUGUUCAUGGUGGCAGUCUGCCGGGGACAGACUGGACUGGAGCUGUGUUCAUGGUGGCAGUCUGCCGGGGACAGACUGGACUGGAGCUGUGUUCAUGGUGGCAGUCUGCCGGGGACAGACUGGACUGGAGCUGUGUUCAUGGUGGCAGUCUGCCGGGGACAGACUGGACUGGAGCUGUGUUCAUGGUGGCAGUCUGCCGGGGACAGACUGGACUGGAGCUGUGUUCAUGGUGGCAGUCUGCCGGGGACAGACUGGACUGGAGCUGUGUUCAUGGUGGCAGUCUGCCGGGGACAGACUGGACUGGAGCUGUGUUCAUGGUGGCCCUGAGAAAGAUAAAGUGCAUUCAGAAAGUAUUCAGAUCCCUUCACUUUUUCCACAUUUUGUUAUGUUACAGCCUCUAAAAUGAGAUGAAAUUGUUAGUCUUAUUCUAAAAUGGAUUAAAUACAUUUUUUCUCAUCAAUCUACACACAAUAUCCCAUAAUGACAAAGCGAAAACAGUUUAUUUUUUCAAUGAAAUAAAUAAAUAUAUCUGAGAAAGAUAUCUAGAUCAACUCCAUGGAGAACACAACACCGCCCCACAACCUCCCAAAGGCUUUUUUCUCUGGGUUAUUGUUUUUCACUGAGUGAAUCUAAUGUGUGAGGGACAUUGAGUGGGGUUGUGUGUCUCUGGUUUGUGCAGUUUAGUAAUAUACAAGGCUGAAAAUCUGAAUAUGGGUCUGACAAUCUUGCUCCUGUAAGCUAUAACUAAGAUAUGGGGUAGGUUGACUCUUAAAUCAUCAUUGUAAGGUCCCAAUCAGUGGUGUAGUGGUAAGAGAAAGAUGUGGGUAAACUUUGAUCGCCGGACCGCCGAGAAAAAAGUCACGCUCUCAUUCAAUACAUUUUUUUUCCGCAAAAGGUGUCGAGCAAAAUAAAAGGUGGGCAAACUGUG